AAACCACAAGACGAAAAGCAACUACUCGAUUAUACCAUACCCUCACACUCACAUACCAUAGCAUACCCAACCAAGAAGAAAGACUACACGAUGGCAGACCAGCCACAAUCAUUCCCAGCAUUGCUGCACACGGUGUUGUCUGAUGCAGCUUCUGGUUCAGCCCCUGAGCUCGAAGCUAUUGUGUCCUUUCAGGACCACGGUCGGGCUUUUCGGAUUCAUAACCAAGAACUAUUUUGUGAUACAGUGCUGCCACUUCUCUCUUUGGAACCAAUGGAAUGGGAUGACUUCCUCGCAAAUCUCGCCCGUUUUGGUUUCCACCGUCUCACCAAUGCUGGACCAGACCAAGGAGCCUUCUACCAUGAGCUCUUCUUGCGUAGCCAGCCGCAGCUAGUAGUGGGCAUAGUGCGCGAUGAUGAGUUGCAGAUUGAUGAAUUGGAUUGCCCUGGGCCAGACUUUAGCACCAUGCCCGCGAUGGCUCGCGUUGUCAGGGCUCGGGAUCCUCCUAGUAUUAGGUUGAUGACCGCGGAAAGCAGAAUGAUUGCAGGACCUGUUGUGGGUGCACCAACCCUUCCUUUUGGACAUGCUACCUUGUAUGGAUUGCUGCGAGACAUCAUUCCAAACAACCCUCGUCUUGUUGAGGAUGAAGAAGAGGAGGAUAUCAUGGAGGAUGUUGUCCCGGAUGUGGAUGGUAUUUGAGGCGUCUGUUUAUUCAGACAAAGUUGAUACAUGCACAUUUAUUCAGACAUUCACAUACAUGGAAAUGACGCAGUGGAUACGGUAGGGUAGGAUACAGCCUCGAUUGAAUCGAGGACGCAGCCCACACUCGACUCGGCUCGACUCGCGGUAGCUCAGUAGUCUAAUAAGAACAGCUAGACUAGCUAGCUAGUGCCGAUACUGAUAUCGAUAUCUUAUAGCACAUCUGUACUUUGUAUUUUG